GUCACAUACUGAAGACCUUUUUUAAACUUGUUGUUAAAGUAUAAUACAAAAUAUUCAUAAUGAAUGCUACUAAUUACUUAAAAAUAGUUUUUACUUUUUUAUCGAUGUAUUUACAAGCAGAUGCCAAAUAUAACCUAAAAGUAGGUGACAUAGUUGGUGUUAAUUUACCCAAUACGACCUCUACCUCAACAACUCAAAAGCCCAAAAGAAAAUAUGAUUUGGUGAGGUUUGAUGGUGUAUCUCCGUAUGGUGAUCAACAUAUUGAUAAGUAUAUUACUCAUUAUGCUUCCGAUUACAAUAAGAAAGUGGCAAAGUAUUUUGGUGAACACAGUACUCCUGUAAAAUCUAAAGACUUAAUAUCUGACCCAAAUUAUGCUGCGAUCAAUGAUGGAAAGCGUAAACUAUUCGUAGGUGACAUAGUUUUUGUUAAAGUAACCAGUAAUAUGACUCAAUUAAAAUAUGAUGUGGUAGAGAAAAGAGAAUUUACUGCGUCUAGACGACUUAAAGGUGAAAAUCGGGUUAACAAUCUAGGGGGAGCUACAUCCCUCAUCAAAUCUGUGUGA